CCUCAAAGGCAUAUCAAAGGCCUACGAUGGCUCCGGCCCUUCAAAAAGCAUAAAUGCAGCCAGCUUUCUGCAGUCGGUAUCAAACUAGUGAGCCACCGCGAGGACGAAGUGAACCAGGUGAGUCGCUGUUGACCAGUCGCCGUCUGUAGUGGGGGCAGCACAGGAAGUUCAGUCACGCGUGGCAAGACCCUGUCAUCAACCUUUCUCCAGCGCAGGUGUGAAUGAGUGAAUCAGCUCGAGCAGCAGCUCUCAGUCUCCACGUCUGAUUUGAGAGCUCCAGACGCAGCGGAUGCUUUAAGGAGGAUGCAGAUCUUUGUCAAGACCCUGACCGGGAAGACUGUGACCCUCGAGGUGGAGCCCAACGACACGGUAGAGAACGUCAAGUCCAAGAUCCAGGACAAGGAGGGCAUCUCUCCGGACCAGCAGCGCCUCAUCUUCGCUGGGAAGCAGCUGGAGGACGGCCGCACUCUUUCGGACUACAACAUCCAGAAGGAGGCCAACAUCCACCUGGUGCUUCGGUUGAGGGGAGGUAUGCAGAUCUUCGUCAAGACCCUUACCGGCAAAACAGUCACCCUGGAGGUGGAGCCAAAUGACACCAUUGAGAACGUCAAGUCAAAGAUCCAGGACAAGGAGGGGAUUCCACCGGACCAGCAGCGCCUCAUCUUCGCUGGGAAGCAGCUGGAGGACGGCAGGACUCUGGCGGACUACAACAUCCAGAAGGAGGCUAACCUCCACCUGGUGCUGCGACUGAGAGGGGGCAUGCAGCUCUUUGUCAAGACCUUGACCGGUAAAACCGUCACACUAGAGGUGGAGCCCAGCGACACUGUCGACAACGUCAAGGUGAAGAUCCAGGACAAGGAGGGCGUCCCCACAGACCAGCAGCGCCUCAUCUUCGCCGGGAAGCAGUUGGAGGAUGGUCACACCCUGUCGGACUACAACAUCCAGAAAGAGUCAACUCUUCAUCUGGUCCUGCGGCUCAGAGGAGGCAUGCAGCUCUUUGUGAAGACCCUGACCGGCAAGACUAUCACACUGGAUGUGGAGCCCAGCGACACAGUCGACAACGUCAAGGUGAAGAUCCAGGACAAGGAGGGGAUCCCACCGGACCAGCAGCGCCUCAUCUUCGCCGGGAAGCAGCUGGAGGAUGGCCGGACCCUGGCGGACUACAACAUCCAGAAAGAGUCCACCCUCCAUUUGGUGCUGCGUCUGAGGGGCGGCAUGCAGAUCUUUGUCAAGACCCUGACUGGCAAGACCAUCACGUUGGAGGUGGAGCCCAGCGACACCAUCGAGAACGUCAAGUCCAAGAUGCAGGACAAGGAGGGGAUCCCACCGGACCAGCAGCGCCUCAUCUUCGCCGGGAAGCAGCUUGAGGACGGCCGGACCCUGGCGGACUACAACAUCCAGAAAGAAUCGACUCUUCAUCUGGUCCUGCGUCUGAGGGGCGGAGUCUCGCGCACCUCUGAGACCUGACGGAAAUGUUGAUAGCGGGAGUUUGCAUGUGCUCCUUGUGUGGGUUUUCUCCGGGCACUCCGGUUUCCUCCCACAGACUGGAAGCACGCCGUUUGAGACUUGUAGCAGAAUAAACACUUGACUGAUCUAGACUCCUUCUUCGCGUCGGGAUGACAGUCUUGUUCCGAUCACGAUGGCUGUCCGUGUCCAGCGGGGUGCGCACCAACCAGCUGCUGAGAAGCUGAGUGUAAGUUCCUGAGCUUUAAUCGUCCUGUGAAGCCCGACAGACAGCGCAUGGACGCUACAGCAAAGAAAGUGUCACAGGGAGCUAGAAGACAGGCUCUCCUGACAGUCACAUGACCUCACCUCUCGUCACGACGACGAACUCAGUACCUUCAUCCCUCAAAUAAAGAACUGUGAAGCGGUGACGUGUUCUCGUUUCUUUUUCCUGCAUGUUUUCCAUGGCCCCGCCUCCUACCUGAGAAC